AUGUCGAAGCCACAGGUACGUGAGGGCAAGCGCAUGGAGCCGCAAAUCCCAGCGAUCUUGUGCUAUGCCAUGUCCGAGAUCGAGGCAACAUGAGGCUUUCACAUUUUCGUCUUCGUCUUCCCCUUCAUCGCGCUGCAUUCGCUCCGCUCUUCAUGUUGGCGCAUACCAAAAACGAAGACGAGCACAUCGGUGAAACGUCUCGCUUCGGACGAAAGAGAAGAAGAAGAGGAGGAGCAGGAUGAGACACCGCUAUACUCCAGGUCUCCUUCACCGGUACUUGACCGGCCGAACAAACAUCAGGCAGCGAGCUUGCAGGAUUACUUGGCACCUCGCAAUGUAGGCCAUGCUAUGCUGCUCAAGAUGGGCUGGGUCGUUGGACAAGGUCUAGGCAUCACGGGCCAAGGAAGAGUGGAGCCUGUUCCGAUCAGCGAGAAGCGAGGUUCAGAUCUGACGGGAAUCGGUGAGUGCUCGCGCGCGCGUGUACGUGCAUCGCGCGGACGAGGCGGAAUGGAAACUGAACACCAGUGUUACUCGUGUCGCUUGUGAUGGUCACGCAUUCGCGCAUUGCAGGGAAGAUGUCUUUGGACCUUCGAAACGUGGAUGCGUCGGUUGCGCAGCGCAGAGAGAUGGCGUCGGAGCGAAUGGGUAGAGAGACGGAAGAACAACGAUCUCGCAGAUUGGUGAGGUGACGCAACGCAUAGCUUACGCACACAUUCGCUCCUUGCUAGACGUGUUGCGCUUACUCGCGGGUCUUCUACCUGCUUUCCCCCUUUCAGGACGAAGCGGCUCGUAUGGCCACGGCAAAAGCUGAAGCAGCGGAAGCAAAGAGCGCGUUCAGAUGCGAGCUGUGCGAUAAGGGCUACUCCAUUCCUUCGGCGUACGAAGCGCAUUUGACCUCUUACGAUCAUCAUCACAGGAAGGUGCGUCCCUCUCCACACGCUUGCUAGUGCACAAGGUCUCAAAGCCUUAGCAGCGUAGCUUUGCGCCUCACUCACUAGCGCCUCAAGGAAAUGUUGGCGAGCGAGAAGGCGCGGCAUGGGGCAGGAGCUACGGACAAACGUAAAGCAAAGGAAUCUGCGCGAGAGGCCAAAGAGCUGGCUAGGCUGAUGGGUGCCAGCGCACCCACUGGUCGGGCAACGAAGCCUCCUACCACGACGGCUGCCGGCUGGCUAGGGCCUCAGAGCGCUCUGGACAGCGCAGGAGAGGCUUCUGCGAGUAAUCCGACAUGGCAAGAAACUUCGACGAAUGCUUUGACAUCGGCUAGGCCUUCUCAAGGUAGAGGCUGGAAGAAGGUAGGAUCUGCGAGCGUCUCGAAUUUCUCUGGUUCCGCGGUCUCUGCUCCGAACAACUCUUCGGGCGGCGCUGCCAGGCCCUCACACGAUCCGGGCGAUUCUCAUGACAUCUACGCCACUGCCUCCUCACGUCUCAGCGCGCCCAAAUUCAGGUCGUCCGGCUUCGCAACGCUCGAGACCACCUCGACAAGACGCGAGGAGCGCACUUCGUCGUCCAUCCCUACGAAGCUUCCCGCUGGAUUUCGACCCGUCGACUCAUUCCGACCCCUUUCUGCGCCCAAACAGACCGCAGCAUCUUUUGCGCCUGGGCCGUUGCUCGAUCGAGCAGAUGGACAUAUCGCGCCAAGUUUGCGUACGAGCGGUGAGAGCGGUCAUCAACCUGUGGAGCCUGCUAGUCCUCCUCCACCGCCUCCACCAGAGGAUGUGAUUCCGCCUGACUUUCUGGUGGAAGAUUUCCAAGCUCCGCCUCCCCCGCAGAAAUGGGGAUGA